AUGGUACAAUACCAACCUUUUCUGUUCGUCUUCCUACUGGCCACUGCUAGUGUCUAUGGCGAAGACGACACUACCAUUGCAACAACUACUAUAAAACCAUCUGAGACGACAACUACAGUACCUUCGACUGAUACAAUAGGAUCAUCCACGACCACCACGGCUUCGCCAGAAGUGAAACCCAUUGAGAAGGAACCGAUCAAAGAAGAGGUUUGAAAAUUUUAUCUUCAUCAACCACUAGCCACGUUCACACUGGUUGCUCUUACAAUGAGAUCUUCCCGAAAAGCCCAAGCUCGGAAAUGUGUUAGGGUGUAGCUGUAGAUGAAGUUCAUAAAAUGUAUCGAUAAAUGCGCAAACACGUAAUGCUCUUUUGCUACUUGAUGACAGUAACCUGGGUUCCAUUUCAAAAAGCACACGAUCAUAAGGUACAAGAUGAGCAUGCGAAACUACAGAGGUGGUCGCACUUUCAUUGCCUCUUUCCAUCCUCUUGCGGAACUUUUCUAGUGGACACAGAAGCCAAAAUAGUGUGCAUAAUGUGUUGUCUAUAUUUACUCAACACGCACCUGACGACUGUUCGUUCUGUUGUCUUUCUCUCAUGACCUCCUCCUUCUUCUCCUCAUCAAACCCGGAGAUGCUUAGUUUUUGAGGGAGAGAGCAGCGGAGCGUUCGCAUGCGAUGUAACAUCCGCUAGAGAGCCCCAAGAAAGAGUCGGAUUGGCGUCUUGAGUCUGUCAAGCGAUUGUUGACUCAUUGAAGGCGACCCAAACAUGGACAGGCACCUUUGACUUGGAGAGAGAGAUCCCUAAUCUUUCUUAUUAUAUAUAAAACACUAGAUGCGUCUGUCUGCCUGCCUUUUUCAACGUCUGCUAAGCACAGAUGAAAGAAAGACGGGUCAGAAUCGAGUGGGGGUCGAACAUGCGACCGCAUGUGAAUAUUAUAGGGGCACCGGACAGAAAGGCGCGCUGUUCGCAAUCUGGCCGAAUUUCUAGGCCGCGAAGUAAUUUUCCACUAAAAACGUGGCCUAACUUUUCAAACUCGGCCCCGAGGUCGCUCAAUUUUCACUACAAAAAGAAUUUCUCAACAGAGCGCCAUUUCUGUGCGGUGCCCCUAUAAUAGAUAUACGAGCGCAUCGAUUUUUUUUGCAUUGCGUAGCAAUGCCCGCAUCCAAUAAACAUUAUGUGCCGAAAAGAAUCGAUUUCAGGAAACCCCAGCGACAAGAAACGAAACGGCUACAGUGAGCAGAGCAAAACGACAAUGCUGCUUCGCUGCUCAGAACUCUUGUUGUCCACAGGUUCAGUCUCAAUGUAACUGUGCCGCACUUCAGAUUCAGGUUAACUAUCACUUUAUUUUGUUCACCUAAUUCGAUCUUAGGUCCAACAAUGUGACUGUGCGAAUAUGUUGCAAAGUCAAUGUGGAUGCCCAUCGGUUGUUAACCCUGGAUGUGACUGCGGAACACUUCAACUACAGUACUCAUCCUGCGGAUGCGGAGCUUUAAGUUACCAAGUAGCUUGCAAUCAGUGCCAACAGUCUCAACCUCAGGUUACAGUUGUUAAUAAUAGACUCUAUCAAUUUUUAGAUUACAGAUCAUCGUUGUUCAACAGCCACAACAGAGGUGUUCUUCUCAGUGCAUGCCAGCUUGUUUGCCGUCCUGUGUGCAGAGUGUAAGUUUUCUAGGCUUUAUUAGAUGAGUGCAAUAUACUUGUUCAGUCCUGCGCCCCGGCAUGCCAGCCCAUGUGUGCUCCUCAAUGCGUCCAGCAACAGCAACAACAAAUUAUCGUCGUUCAACAACCUCAAAAUCAAUGCUCUUCAUCUUGCAUGCCGUCCUGUCAGCCUUCUUGUAUCCAGCAGGUUCGUAACACGGAGUUUUGUUCUUCUAACAACUCUCUGUUUCAGGCUUGUGCUCCAGCUUGCCAACCAAUGUGUUCCUCCUCAUGUGUCGAGCAACAGCAGCAACAGAUUAUCGUCGUGCAACCCCAACAAGCGCAGUGUACUCCAUCGUGCAUGCCAGCCUGUCUCCCAUCAUGUACGAAUGGAUGCUCUGGAAACAAUUGCAACAACAAUCAACCACAAGUGGUGGUUGUUCAGCAGAACCAGAAUCAGUGCGUAUCGUCCUGUAUGCCGGCUUGCCAACCAUCUUGUGUCCAGGCGGUGAGUUAGCGAAGCUUUACGAGCAUUUGUGAGAUCUCAAUUUACAGGCUUGUGCUCCAGCUUGCCAACCAACAUGCACUUCUCAAUGCGUCGAGCAGCAACAGGCUCAAAUCGUUGUCGUCCAACAGCCUCCGCAGCAAUGUGUGUCUUCAUGCAUGCCUGCUUGCCAAGACAGUUGUGUUCAGCAGGUAUGAGCUAUUAGAGAAAAACCGUUCUAAAUGUAAGCUCUUAAGGCAUGUGCCCCAGCGUGCCAGCCACAGUGUACAUCACAAUGCGUCGAACAGCAACAAUCUCAGAUUGUUGUCGUCCAGCCAUCUUCGUCUUCGUCUCAGAACACUUGUGCUUCGUCUUGCAUGCCACAAUGUACUCCUCAAUGCAUCGAGCAACAAACUAUCUGCGCCGCUGCCUGUCAACCGUCUUGCCAAUCAUCGUGCAGCUCGAAUGCGCAAUGCGUACAAAAGUGCUUGCCGAGCUGUGAAUCCUCCUGUGUUCAACAGCAACAGCCAGUAGUUGUUGUGCAAGAUGCUCAACCAUCUUGUCCAUCGGUUUGUCAGCCAUCAUGCAAUCAGCAGUGCAUCCAGACCCAAAACAUUUGUCUUUCUUCGUGCCAACCAUCAUGUCAGUCUGCAUGCGGAGGUAACUCCCAAUGCAUUCAAUCAUGUAUUCCGAGCUGCCAACAAACUUGUGGACAACCACCACAGCCGGUAUAAACGAUAAGAGUUAAGUCGAUUUAUAAUCUAAUUUCAGGUGGUCGUUGUGCAGCAACAGCAGAACUCAUGUGUCCAGGCUUGCCAGCCUCAAUGCACCCCACAAUGCAUCCAGCAACAAACAGUCUGUGUGCAAGCUUGUCAACCACAAUGCCAGGUACGAUUGAGGCUAAGUAGAGGCAUGAUUCAGGACACUAAAUUUCAGCAAGCAUGCGAUUCCAAUGUUCAGUGCGUUUCAACCUGUCAAAAUAGUUGCCAACAAUCAUGCGGGCAGCAGCAAGUGAUCGUCGUUCAGGCCAGUCCGAUCUGUGGACAAGCUUGCCAGGUAAACAUGAAUCUGAUCAGAUAGAAUGUCUUAAUUCCUAUUCUCAGGCACCGACUGUCCUCCAAUGUGUUCCUCAGUGUCAACCAUCGUGUCAACAGUCGUGCAUUCAGCAGUAUCAGUUCGUCCAAGCCCCUGCUAUCACAAUGUGCCAGCAAGUCGGUGGUUCGUGUGGCUGUGGAAGUGGAUACUCUCAGUGUAUGCAAGGUGUUUGCUGCAUCCGAAAGAGGCAUAGACUCGCGAAGAACAAACUUUAA